AGUCUUUCCGGGUCACGGAAACGCAUGUGAAUCGCUUGUAUUUGUCUUCGUUGUACGUGAAUACCUUCGAAAAUCAUAAUGGCUCCGCCUCGCUCCAAGAAGCGCCGGCCGACGUUCCGGCGGCUGCUGAAGACGAGCAACAUGAAACUGGAGAACAAGUUGAAGAACCGGCAGAUGAAGCGGCAAAACUGCGACAAGAAGCAGCGCAAGGAGCACAAGAGGAUGCGGCAGGCGCUGAAAGGAGCCACGCUCGCCACGCCACGUCCACUUGACGUCAUGCCCGGCAGGCCCGAGGAAGAGGAGGAGGAAGACUUCCUGGAGAGUUUGCCCACCGACAUGAUGGAUGACGACGACCUGCAGCAGAUGUCCUCGUUCCUCAGCAGAGACUUGUCGUCAUGCGGGCCGGUGCACGCCGCCAAGAAGCGAAAGUCUGAGGUGGUGCAAGGGUACGAGAAGUUUCCCAGGAAGAUGGCCGCCGUGGCCGAGACGGAAGUCGUUCACCUGCUGCCAAUCAAAGACAAGACGAGACUCAUCCCGCAGAGCGUACACAGAGUGGUGAGGAAGCAGCCGGUGGAGCAAGAGGAGGAUGACGAAGAAGAGAAAGCGAGACAGGAGGCUGAAAACGGGGGGGCGGAGCUAGCGAGCGGCACGCCGCUGACAGCGGCGCAGCAACGGAAAGAGAGAAUGCACAAGAUCAAAGACAGGAAGUUGACCAUCGCACACAUGGCGUCCACUGUCAUCUCCAACCCUGUCAAAAAUAUGAAGUGUGUCAAGCAGCUGCGUGGCAUGCUGAUGGAGGCGGACCCUCGUGUGGCGGUGACAGUCAGGAAGUUGGUAAUGGUGACGUUGAUGGAAAUCUUCAAAGACAUCGCCCCCACCUACAAGAUACGACCUUUGACCGCUGCAGAGAAAGCCACCAAGGUGAAAAAGGAGACGCAGCAGCUUCGGGAGUUUGAGGAAGGACUGCUGAGUCAGUAUAAGUUCUACCUGGAGGACUUGGAGCAAUGCAUCAAAGACUGGAAGCAGAAGAAGAGCAAGCGCAGCCGGGCGGUGUCUCUGGAGUGUUACUCGGGCCUGGCCAAGGUGGCUGUGCGCUGCCUGUGUGAGCUGCUGCUCGCCAUGUCGCACUUCAACUUCCACAACAACAUCCUGGUGGCCUUGGCGCCAUUGAUGAACGACCCCGUCGAGACGGUGUCCGACAUGUGCUGCCAGGCCUUCGCCAAGCUGUUCCGCCAGGACAAGGUGGGCGGGGCCUCGCUCGCUGCCGUGCGAGUCCUCUCUGGUCUCGUCAAAAGUCUCAACUACAAUGUCAGGCCUAAGGUGCUGCAGACGCUGCUGAGUGUGAGGAUUCAGGAAGUGCACGUGAAGAAGGACCUGAGCGACAUCACGCCCACUGCCAAGACCAUGAGCCACAAAGACAAGAAGAACAAACUGUCACGCAUGCAACGCAAGUGGAAGAAGGCGGAGGAGAAACUGCAGCAGGAGCUUCUGGAAGCUGAAGCUUCAGACAGCAAAGACAAGAAGAGUAAAAUGCACACUGAAACUCUGAACAUCGUCUUCCUCAUCUACUUCCGGAUUCUGAAGAAAGCUCAGAAGUCUGUCCUUCUUCCUGCCGUCUUGGAGGGACUGGCCAAUUUUGCCCACUUGAUCAACUUGGAGUUCUUUGAUGAUCUACUCAGUGUGCUUCAGAGCCUUAUCCAAUCAGGAGAUCUGACCAAUCGGGAGAGUCUUCACUGCAUUCAGACGGUCUUCACCAUCCUGUCAGGACAAGGUGACGUCCUCACGAUCGACCCUCUGAACUUUUACUCUCAGCUGUACGCCAUGUUGCCUCGUCUGCAUGCAGGGGCUCCUAAUGAUGACAUCAGCAUCGUGCUGCGCUGCCUGGACGCCAUGUUGAUCCGCCGCAGGAAGCAGGUGAGCCCCCAGAGGGCGAUGGCGUUCAUCAAGCGACUCUCCAUGCUCAGCCUGCACGUCGACGCCAACGCCAGCGUGGGAAUCCUCGCCGCUACCAGGGCCGCCCUGCACUCGUUUCCCAAGUGCGACUUCCUGCUGGACAAUGAGCUUCAGGGCGGCGGCUUCUACCUGCCCGAGCUUCACCAACCGGAACACUGCAACGCUCACAAUACCGCCAUGUGGGAGCUGCACACGCUGCAGAGACACUUCCACCCGCUGGUGCGCCAACUGUCGUCCCAUCUGAGUCGCGGCGCCCCCAGCGAAGGCGGGGCCGCGCUCCCCCUCGACUUGAGUCGCAGGACGCCGGUGCAGUUGUUUGAAGAUUAUGAUGUCAAAGACAUGACCUUCAACCCCCCAGUAGCUCCACCCAAACACAAGAAGAAGGAAGUUUUCAGAGUGGAUUGGUCGCUGCUGGAUGGCGACCUGCAGCGACGCGUUGAUGACAUCCUGAGUGGCAGUCAGGAGGUGGAGCUUAACUUUACUGCAACACGUACACACAAACACUGACACUCAUUCACGCACAUCUCGUGUGUGUGUGUGUGUGUGUGUCCGUCCGUGUGUGUGUGUGAUGUCAUCUGUAAAAAUUCAUUUUUGGGGGGUUUGUUGCCCGUCAAUCAAAGUAGUGAUCCCAAGUGGCGAUGAGUUGCUCCUGUGGUUGUCCUCCUCGACCUUGUUUGUCUUUCACAACAAAAUACAAAAUAAAUAUAAAU